CGCCCCGCCCGUUGCCGCGGCGGGAAGCAGGAGCGGAGGCCUGGCGGGGGCGGAGGCCCGGUAGUGGCGCCGCAGCCAUGCCCGCUUUCAGGCAGGUGGGCGAGAAGCAGCUGCCGCAGGAGGUCGUGUUCAUGUCGUGGUCCCCCAAAAGGGACCUCAUCGCCCUGGCCAACCGAGCGGGGGAGGUUUUACUUCAUCGGCUUGCAAACUUUCAACGUGUGUGGAGUUUGCCUCCAAAUGAAAAUACAGGAAAAGAAGUGACUGCUCUUGCUUGGAGACCAGAUGGAAAAAUUUUGGCUUUUGGCCUUGCCGAUACCAAGCGGAUUAUUCUGUGUGAUGUAGAAAAACCUGAAAGCUUGCACUCCUUCUCUGUGGACUUAUCUAUUACAUACAUGCAUUGGAUGGAAGUAACUGAGGAAAACAGUGUUCUCACUUCCUUUUACAAUGCUGAAGAUGAGUCAAACCUCCUUUUGCCUAAAUUACCAGCACUACCAAAAAAUUACAGUACCACUGCAAAAAUUUUCAGUGAAGAAAAAUCAGAUGAGAUUAUGAAGCUUCUGGGUGAUGUCAGACUUAAUGCUCUUGUCCUUGGUGGCAGCUCAGGAUUUAUUGAGAUAUAUGCUUACGGAAUGUUCAAGAUUGCUACAGUAAAUGGGGUGGCAGGUUCUUGUCGUGGACUAUGUUUGUCCAGUGAUUUGAAAUCACUGUCCGUUAUUACUGAGAUACAAAGCUCUUCAGACAGCGAAGCAGAGAUAACUUAUUUUCAGUUGGACACUAGUCUGUUAUCAAGUUACUUACCUGAGGUAACUCGAAUGGCCCGGAAGUUUACUCACAUUUCAACUCUGUUACAGUAUAUAAAGCUGUCAUUGACAUGCAUGUGUGAAGCAUGGGAAGAAAUACUGAUGCAGAUGGAUUCACGACUAACAAAGUUUGUACAGGAAAAGAAUACAACCACUUCUGUUCAGGAUGAGUUUAUGCAGCUGUUGUUAUGGGGCAAAGCAAGUCUGGAACUUCAGGCAUUACUAAUGAACCAACUGACAGUAAAGGGUUUAAAAAAACUUGGUCAGUCCAUAGAGUCUUCCUAUUCCAGUAUACAAAAGUUGGUUAUAAGUCAUUUGCAGAGCGGCUCUGAGGCACUUUUAUACCACUUGAGUGAAUUGAAAGGAAUGGCUUUAUGGAAACAAAAAUAUGAGUCUCUGGGAUUAGAUGCAUCUGGAAUUGACGAGGCUAUUACUGCUGUUGGUUCUUUCAUCCUGAAGGCAAAUGAGCUGCUUCAAGUGAUCGACAGUAGUAUGAAAAACUUCAAGGCAUUUUUUCGAUGGCUCUAUGUUGCCAUGUUGAGGAUGUCAGAAGAUCAUGUACUUCCAGAGCUGAACAAGAUGACUCAAAAAGAUAUCACAUUUGUUGCUGAUUUUCUUACUGAGCACUUCAAUGAGGCACCAGAACUUUACAAUCGUAAAGGAAAAUACUUCAACGUGGAGAGAGUUGGCCAGUACUUGAAAGAUGAAGAUGAUGAUCUUGUGUCACCACCUAAUACAGAGGGGAACCAAUGGUUUAACUUUCUUAAAGACAGUACUCAUCUUAAAGAAAGCCCACUUCUGUUUCCCUACUAUCCUGAGAAAUCACUGCACUUUGUCAAAAGGCAAAUGGAAGGGAUCAUUGAUCACUGUUUACAAAAGCCAGCAGAUGUGAUUGGAAAGUCAGUGCAUCAAGCAGUCUGCAUGUCUCUCUACAAAAUUUGUCAAAGUGAAGAUUCCACACCUCAGUUAGUUAAAUUACCGUUUCUGUGGAAUGACAAGACAUCUAAUUUACAUUAUGUUCUCUUCACCAUGUUAGAAAAUUCUAUUUCUAAAAUACACAUUUUGAGGAGACAUACUGAUACUUCCAGGUCUGUCAGUAAUGGAAUUCUUGCAGUAGAGUUUGGAAACUUCUUGAACAACAGUAUAAAUGAGAGCUCAGAGUCCAGAUGCUACAGUUGUUUGGAUGCUCACUUCUAUGAUGAUGAAACUGUAACUGUAGUUCUGAAAGAGAGUGUGCAACAAGAGGGGAAGGAGAGAGUCUUGGCUCAGCUGCCUUUAUCUUCAGUGUAUUCGGAUGAGGACCAAGAUAGGAAAUUCAUUUGGGAUUCUAUGGAAAGGCUGGAUGAGCGAAGUGGUGAGAUACCCACACGUACUGUCUUCUUGGAGAAUCAGUGGAGAGUGCUGGAGAAUAUGAAAGCUCAGUACGUUUCUGUAAAUGGCAUUAGAAAAGUUUCUUGUGUGCUAAGUUCAAACCUCCGCCACGUCAGGGUGUUUGAGAUGGAUGUAGAGGAUGAUGGGGAAGUUGAGGAAGAAGAGGAAGAAGAAACAACUCAGAUUGCAGCUGGGGAAACUGAUGAGCCAAAUCAGCCUGCAGAUGGCCAGGACAAUGUGUGUGAUGCAUCUGCUGAAGAGCUACCUGAUGAAACUGAAGAACAUGAGACAAGUUUGGAUCCUUAAAAUAGGCUUUGGUAAUAAUAAAGGCACAGGACCGAACUGUAAAUACUGUUUUUAAUGGCACAAAGAAAUUGUGUUUUGAAGAAUGAACAGAAAAUAUUAAAAGCAGGUUCAAACUCAUCCUGGCUGCUAUAAUAAGCAGGGACGUUAUCAGUGCUGUCCCUGGGACUAGGAGUGACGUGGAGUGAUACAUUUGAAAGGUCAUCUAACUAGUUAGAAGUAGUUUUGCUUCAGGCUGCUGAGAUGAUGGCUCCCAUACCUCCUCAAGCAGCUGAAUCAAGUUGGAAUUCUGUAUUGUUUCUCGGCUAAGAUUGUGUUCUGGAGUACCUUUAUUGACUCUUUUUUGUCUGGCACAUGGUUUGGUACCAGCUAAAGCUUUGAGAGCUUUUCUAUUUGCCAUUUUUAAUAGGUGAGGAGAAAAAGAAGUACCAAAUGAAGGUUUUGUAGCUAGGUUCUUCAGUCCUGAAUACUGUUAUAAAGAUAAAAUAAAGUUGUAUAUAAAAACAACAAAACUUGGGGCCUAAUUAUUUGCUUCUCAGACUGUGUUCUAGUAUGUGUUCUAAUGGGUAUGAAAGUUUCCUGUAGAACCUAAACGUAAGAUUACAAAUCAAUGUAGGGCUAGUUACACAAAAAAAUUUAGCAACUGUUAACGAAAUGCAUGGUUUUAAAAGCUCUUUAGAUAACAUCUGUCCUUGGUAACACGGCAUUUCAAUCUAUGCAGUUCUUUAGUCCUCAGUGCAAUAUGUGUGUGUGUGAUUUGUCAAAUAUUUGCAUGUCUCAGCCUGCCUAGUUUCUGUGAAUUUGUUCCUGAAAGCCUGUCUUCUCAAUCUGUAAUUUUUUGUAAUGAAGAAUUACGACAGAGUAUACUUUUUAUUCUGAUUUAGCACUGGAGGUUGUACAUAGCCCUCAGCAUAAUCAUGUUACUUGCAAUUUAUAUAUUACUACAGGCAUGAUAUAGUGCUAAGCAGUAGAAGCUAGAAACAGUGUUUAGAAAUCUAAAAUGUUUUCUUCUUCCCUACUAGCUGUCAUUCUUAACUGACUUAAAACUCAGCUCUUUGAGUGAACAAUGCUGCUUAAUACAUGAUCUUCCUUCAGAACAGUGAGUGUACCUUGUAUUUGUGAAGAGGACCAAAUUUCCAUUCUGUGCUUUAAAAAGAGAUCUUUUUAAGUUGCUAUUUGACAUUGCAAAUUUGAAUUUGAAUACUAAAUUUGAAUAUUUGAUUUUUAAUUUGAAUACUAAACUUCUCCUCUUGUUUUGAAAUAUACCAUUUUUUAAGCGGAAUUCUGAAGGUUUUGAUCUCUUUGGGGGAGACCCUGAUUAAACAAGCUUUCAAUUUUGAAAGAGACUAGGUUUUUCCCUUUCCUAACAACCUCCUUGAGAGCUGCUUGCUCUUCAUCAUUCUUAUCCAGCAGAUGGUCGUGUCUCGAGGCACGGUGAAGCUGGCAGAAAUGCCCAGCCAGGGGUGCUGUGAUUUUCUGUGUAGGGCAGGUAACCCUUCUUAAGAAACUGCUGUUACAUCAGAGCCCACUCAGCUUAAACCUGACCUCGUGUUCUUCCAGGAAACUUUUGCUUCUGAUCUAACAGAGUUGUCACAUCAGGGGCUUAGAAGUAAUUGUUCUGCUGUGCUUUGUGCUGUGUGGUUUUAGUCCAUGGGCAUGUGGAAAUCUGAUCUGUCCUGCCCUGGUAAUUCCUAAAUUUGUGUUAGUAGCAGAUGUGUCACAGGGGUAUGUCUUUCAGACAUCUCCCUAAGGUUAUUCUGUGCACCUUUAUAGUCCAAUCUUGGAUAAAUUUGAGUGAGUGGGAGCUUUGUGUCUGGCUUGGAUGAAUCCAUGUGCACAUUGUACCUUUCACAGUGACACAGUACAGAUAAACCAGAGGUCAGUGCUUCUGAAUGCAUUGCUGAUUCCUUCUGACAAGAUUUGUUGCCAGAUUUCUGUAAUAAUAAAUAUGCAAUGUGCUUAUGCACCUCUUUUCAAAAGGGUGAUAAGAAGUAUUUGAUCUAGAAGUAUUUUAGGAUUUUGGUGGUGUCGAGGGAUUUUCUCACCAUUUUGAUCCCUUAUGCUAACUGAAGUCUCAGUCAACCUUUUUCUGUGGGGAGUUGUCAUAAUUUACUGAUGGUUUUGUAGACAAAAAGAUUUCUAUAUUCUCAGCAAGCAUGCACACAAUCCACUCUGUAAUACAAAUCUUUAGGUCUCUAAUAAACAUUUACUGCUGCCUCUUUUUU